GAUAAACUAGUGGACAGCCCUCAGGAAUGAUGUCCUUUUGCCACAAUGUAAUUAAUAUUUCCUGUGAGAAAAGCAGCUGGUCGAAUGAUGUCCGAGCUUCCCUGUAUAGUUUAAUGGUGCUUAUAAUUCUGACAACAGUGGUUGGCAAUUUGAUAGUUAUUAUUUCCAUAUUGCACUUCAAGGAACUUCACACCCCAACCAAUUGGCUCAUUUAUUCCAUGGCCACUGUGGACUUUCUGCUGGGGUGCCUGGUCAUGCCUUACAGCAUGGUGAGAUCUGUUGAGCACUGCUGGUAUUUUGGAGAAGUCUUCUGUAAAAUUCACACCAGCACGGAUAUUAUGCUGAGCUCAGCAUCCAUUUUUCACUUGUCCUUCAUUUCCAUUGACCGCUACUAUGCCGUGUGUGACCCAUUGAGAUACAAAACCAAGAUCAAUAUCUUGGUUAUUUUUGUGAUGAUCUUCAUUGGUUGGAGUAUUCCUGCUCUUUUUGCUUUUGGAAUGAUCUUUCUGAAACUAAACUUCAAAGGCACUGAAGAGAUGUAUUACAAAUACGUUCACUGCAUAGGGGGUUGCUCUGUCUUCCUCAGCAAAACAUCAGGGGUUCUGGCCUUUAUGACUUCUUUCUACAUACCUGGCUUGAUUAUGUUGUGUGUCUACUGUAGAAUAUAUUUCAUAGCAGAAGGGCAGGCAAGAUCAAUUGAUGCAAAUCAGAAGCUUCAAAUUGGAUUGGAAGAGAAAACUAGAAUUUCACAAAGCAGAGAAAGGAAAGCUGCAAAGACUUUAGGGAUUGUGGUGGGAGUUUUCCUAACAUGCUGGUGUCCUUUCUUUGUCUGCACAGUCAUGGAUCCUUUCCUGGACUAUACAAUUCCACCGACCUUGAAUGAUGCAUUGGUUUGGUUUGGCUACUUGAAUUCCACUUUUAAUCCAAUGGUUUAUGCGUUCUUCUAUCCUUGGUUCAGAAGAGCACUGAGGAUGAUUCUAUUUGGUAAAAUUUGUCAGAAAGAUUCAUCUAGGUGCAAAUUAUUUUUAGAAUCAAAUCCAUAG